AUGGCAUCCGAAGCACCCCUGAAACGCAAGCGCUCCGUCGAAGAUCUGCCGCAUGUCGAACCCAAACGAGUGCUUCGCCCACGAUCCGCUCCCGAGAUCAUCAUACCAGUCCAAGCAGCACCCAUCAUGAAAGCUCGCGUCAAGAAGACGAUUGCAAAAAGGUCAACACCUGCUGCUGUCAGAUCAACAGACUCCAGUCCCGGCUCGAAUCUGCUCCUCCAGAAAGACAAGAUCAUCGAAGAACUACGACUUGAACUGGCCGAAGCAAACAGCAAGCUUGCAAAAGCAGAGAAGAAGCUGGCAGAGUCGGAGAAGGAGCUUGCUGCUAUGAAGACAUCUGCUGCGAAAGAUACGCCUAUUCAGCGCUGA